AUCAUCGAGCUUCAUAGUGGGAGAGGAAAAAUAGAGAGAGAAAACGUGAGCGGCCGUUUCAACGGCCACCUCCAUCUCCAUCUCAACAUCUGGUUGGCGAUGCUCCUCCUUUCCUUAUUAUUUCGUCUUACUUCCAUGUUUCCUACUCUCUCUUUCCGUCCAUUUUCUCGGAGAAUCAAAUCGAGAGACAGAUAACAACAGGAGGACGGGGAAUCUGAGUUAGCCAACAUUCGGGACAACUCAACCAUUUGGUCCGUGUAGUCCGAUUUCAAUUUGCUUGUAUUACUGUGGAAUCGGCUAAUUGAAAUGAUAUGGAAGAAGAUGCAGCAUAAUAUCUUCGCUACAAUGCGUAGUUUGAAGAUAAUGGAUGGGUGUAAGGGCACUCAGAUCUACGCUGUGAGUGAUGCUCCGACCGACACAGCCGGCAGUGACAAGCUUAUUCAACACCUUCAAGGCCACCUCAGAGCCCAACCUAUUCGGUCCAAAUCGAUGAGGAAUCUGAAUACGACAACAAUUGCUGACGUUGUCGGUGAGGGCCUUCUGCCUUAUGGGUUACCCAUGACCGAUCUUCUAGAACCCCAAAUUGAGCCGUGUCUCAAGCCCGUUGAUUUUCUCGAAACUCUAGCCGAAUUAUAUCGAAGAAUCGAGGCUUGCCCUCAAUUCGAGAAAUCCAAGGUGUAUUUGGAGCAAUGCGCAAUAUUUCGUGGGUUGUCGGAUCCGAAGUUGUUCCGACGGAGCCUUCGGUCAGCAAGACAGCACGCGGUUGAUGUGCAUUCUAAGGUUGUCUUGGCUUCUUGGUUAAGGUAUGAAAGAAGAGAGGAUGAGCUUAUUGGAUCAUCUGCAAUGAAUUGUUGUGGACGAAACGUUGAGUGUCCCAAAGCGACCUUACAGCCUGGGUAUGACCCAGAACCAGUAUUCGAUCCUUGUAUGUGUACUUCUCGCGUGCCUCGUACUCGUCCAGGGGAGGUCGAUAAUGAAACAUCAAUGGAUGAUGAAGAAUGUUCAACUUCCGAGGAAGAUGAUGGUGAUAUGUCAUUUAUCAUCGGAGUCACUGAAAUUAGGUGUAAAAGGUACAAUAUAUCAUCCCUAUCGAGGCCAUUCAAGACAAUGUUGUAUGGUGGCUUCAUAGAGUCAAGAAGAGGGAAGAUAAAUUUUUCACAGAAUGGGAUUUCUGCAGAGGCAAUGAAGGCUGCCGAGAUAUUCAGUAGAACAAGAAGGUUAAGUCAGUUUCCCCCAAACAUUGUGCUCGAGCUUCUCUCUUUCGCUAACAAGUUUUGUUGUGAGGAGAUGAAGUCUGCUUGUGAUGCCCAUUUAGCAUCUCUGGUUUGUGACAUUGAUGAUGCAUCGUUACUGAUUGAAUAUGGAUUAGAGGAGACUUCAUAUCUUCUAGUUGCAGCUUGCUUGCAGGUGUUUCUUAGAGAGCUUCCUAGUUCGAUCCGUAGUCCACAUUUUAUGAGGAUUUUUUGUAGCCCAGAGGGCAGAGAUAGAUUAGCUAUGGCAGGGCAUGCAUCGUUCAUGUUGUAUUAUUUCUUAAGUCAAGUUGCAAUGGAGGAAGAGAUGAAGUCAAACAUGACGGUGAUGCUUCUAGAGAGAUUAGGAGAAUGUUCAGUAGAAUGCUGGGAGAAGCAACUUGCAUUUCAUCAGUUAGGUAUUGUUAUGCUUCAGAGAAAGGAAUACAAGGAUGCAAAGCGUUGGUUUCAAAAGGCAGCUGAGGCAGGGCAUGUUUAUUCUACAGUGGGCGUUGCAAGGGCCAAAUUUAAGCGUGAUCACAAAUAUUCGGCUUACAAGAUGAUGAACUCUCUCAUUUCCGAUUAUAAACCUGUUGGCUGGAUGUAUCAGGAAAGAUCGUUGUAUUGUGCUGGGAAGGAGAAAAUGGCAGACUUGACAUCUGCAACUGAAUUAGAUCCAACUCUUUCAUUUCCAUACAAAUACCGGGCGGUUUCUUUGUUGGAGGAGAACAAGAUUGGAGCUGCUGUUUCAGAAAUCAAUAAGAUAAUUGGUUUCAAGGUUUUGCCUGAUUGUCUUGAAUUGCGAGCUUGGUUCUUAAUUGCCAUGGGGGAUUAUGAAGGAGCCCUUAGGGAUAUCCGAGCACUCUUGACAUUGGAUCCGGACUAUAUGAUGUUCUAUGGUAAUGUGCAUGGUGACCACUUGGUAGAAUUACUCAGUCCUAUUGUUCAGCAGUGGAGUCAGGCCGAUUGCUGGAUGCAAUUAUAUGAUCGAUGGUCCUGUGUUGAUGACAUUGGUUCUCUGGCUGUUGUACACCACAUGUUAGCAAAUGACCCAGGAAAAAGUCUUCUGCGCUUUCGGCAAUCUCUCCUUCUGUUACGGCUAAAUUGUCAAAAGGCAGCCAUGCGUAGCUUGCGACUGGCUAGAAAUUAUUCUACUUCUGAGCAUGAAAGGCUUGUCUACGAAGGAUGGAUACUGUAUGACACUGGUCAUCGGGAAGAAGCAUUAGCAAAGGCUGAACAGUCCAUUUCCAUCCAAAGAUCAUUUGAAGCUUUUUUUCUUAAAGCUUAUGCAUUAGCAGAUUCAAGUCUUGAUCCAGAGUCUUCAAAGUAUGUCAUCCGUCUUUUGGAUCAAGCUCUUAAAUGCCCUUCAGAUGGUCUUCGAAAAGGACAAGCACUAAAUAAUCUUGGAAGUGUCUAUGUAGAUUGCGAUGAGCUUGACCUUGCUGCUGACUGCUACACGAAUGCUCUAAACAUCAAGCAUACACGAGCACAUCAAGGUCUAGCGCGGGUGUAUUAUCUUAAACAUCAGCGCAAAGCUGCAUAUGAUGAGAUGACAAAGUUAAUAGAAAAGGCACGGAACAAUGCAUCAGCCUAUGAGAAACGAUCAGAAUAUUGUGACCGUGACAUGGCAAAGAAUGAUCUUAGUAUGGCAACACAGUUGGAUCCCUUAAGGACAUAUCCUUACAGAUAUAGGGCAGCAGUUCUGAUGGAUGAUCAUAAGGAAGCUGAAGCAAUAGAAGAGCUUACGAGGGCUAUUGCUUUUAAGCCAGACCCGCAACUACUACAUCUUCGGGCAGCUUUUCAUGAAUCAAUGGGCGAUUAUGUUUCCACGGUGCGAGAUUGUGAAGCGGCCCUUUGCAUUGAUCCAGGGCAUGCCGACACGCUCGAACUUUGUAAGAAAGCGCAGGAGGGGAUCAAGGAACAGAAGUGAGAGAAUGAGAAAUCAGUAAUCAUGUUCUCUCUGUUCCACGUGGGAAUAAGACUGGUGUUACUGCCAUGCUGUGUUGUAAACACAAGAAAGUCUGGUAAUCAUCGGUAUGAUUUUAUCUAUUGGUUUUUGUUUCCUGAGAAAUGAUGGGACUAUAUCUCUUAGGCCUGCAUUCUGGAAACUGACAUAGAAGGGAAAAGAAAAAGUUGAGAUGGUCAAUGAUUUUAGACAGAAGGGGAAGUAGAGGAGCAAGAUAGACUGUAAAUAGUUGUAAUGGGUUGUGGUUUUCAGAGCUCAUGGUUCAAGCAGUGCAGAGAACUGUUACUGCUUUGCUCCUUGAUACCACGCCAGCAAGAGUGGUGAUAAGUUACCUCAAUUAGACGAAGCAUGUACAUGAAGGGACUAUCUAUUUUCAGGUCUUCGGUUUAGAUAUUUUAUGGCUAUAUUUUUGGAAGAGCAAAUUCAAAUGUUGUAACUUUUUUUUCAUACUCUCUCCUCUCUGAUGUAUAAAAGACAAUUUUCUCAUUAUCAGACUCUUUUUAUCGGCUA